GUCGGCACUCGGCACUCGGUAGUGGUAACUCGCAGUUCUCCGCACAGAAAAUACCUUUGCAGUUUUGAUGCAAUAUUAACCUGAUUUUUUUAUUCAGCUUGGCUAAUUAAGCUAAGUUUAGUUUGUAAGUGAGGUUAAUAUCCAUUUUCGCAGUUCUCUUGACAUCUUAUACUGCUAUCGUUUUUCAAAUAAACCAAAAUGGCACGAUCUGGGAGUAAUUUUCGUGGGCCGUGUCCGCUUGAUUGCAAAGUGUAUGUAGGUGAUCUGGGAACCAAUGGAGAUCGGCGUGAGCUUGAAGAUGCGUUCGGCCGUUACGGACCUCUGCGGAAUGUGUGGGUUGCCCGUAAUCCACCGGGUUUUGCCUUCGUCGAAUUCGAGGAUCCGCGCGAUGCCGAAGACGCUUCCCGUGAAUUGGAUGGGCGAACGCUAUGUGGGCGUCGUGUGCGCGUGGAAAUGUCCAGUGGACGCAGCAAGCCGAAGCGUUUUGGAGAAGGUCGCCGCGAUGAUCGCGAUCGUCGUGGCGGUCGGGAUCGGGAUGAUCGUCGAGGAGGACGAAAUGGUCGCGAUCGUGAUUCGCGCAGCCGCAGUCGGGACCGUGAUCAUCGACGUCGUUCGCGGAGUCCGCGCGAUGCCAAACGUGAACGUUCCCGUUCGGGAUCCCCGCGCAAUGAUGACAGUCGUCGCCGAGGACGAGCUGGAUCGGAGGAGAAGAAUGGCGUUAAAAGCGAAGAUUAAGCCCUUCAUUUUAUCCAACACCAGCCGAAUCAGUGGCGCGUGUUUGUCUUGUUUAUUUGUUUUCGUUAUUUUGUUUAGCAUUCCAUUCCACUUGGUUUUAAUCCAGCGCUCUAAUAUGUAGGUCGCGUCUCAUCUGUCAUCGCAGACUGUUACUACUUGUCAUCGGUACUACCGCUCUUCUGCUCUUCACGCACCUUUGUGUUUGAAAAUUCAUCCAGUUUUACUACGCUGCUCUUACUGUCACCGCGUCUUCAUUUUCCAAGUGUGAAUGAUUCAGUGGCUCUUCUGUAUCAACAGCCUCCCCCUCGUCAGUGUGUUCUUCUGUUCUCCUCACCUGUAGUACAGAAUGAUCGAAACUGACUGCAACACCAUGCAAGGGCGACUAACGAACCUGUCUGCGAUUGUCACACCGUUAACACAGAGCACCACUUCCGGCCGUGAUGCUACCACCUCACAAAGCUACCAUCAGCCAGUAGUAAAAUCAACGCAUCAUGGUGUGCAGCGAUCGCCAGCAGCUGUGCGAUUAAACGUCUUAAUUGCUGCCAAAUCAGGUACUGAUAUGGUGAGGCAUUAAAUUGUAGAAAUUUAAUUUAUUGCUGAAAUUACAGGUUUGUUUUAAAAUGUUUAGCUGUGCAUGACAGUAGAGAGCCGAGAGUCAGGGACUAAAAUCGACGAAUGCGUCGCAUUCGCCCGAUCAGUCCUCGUAUUUUCGAUGCAUAAAACCAUAAGUAGCAUCUGCUCUCCGGAGUAUAAAACAGAAAGUGAAAAAGGGAAAACGAGACAAAUCGUAAGGGGUAUCCAGCUGAUGCGAUUUUUCGUUAGACUAAUAGAGCUAGCCAGAAGAUUCCUGACUGGUGAGUGGUGAGUUACAAAGCCUGCAGCGCAGACAGCUUCCGGUCGUGAAGGAGCGUUUAUAAUCAGAUUCUCGUCGUUAUCAUUAGACGUGGGGUCGAGUCUGACUCAGCCGUUCAGACACUUAGUUUGUAAACUGCAUCAGCAAAAUUUUGCUAUAUAAUUGGCUGAUUUGAUUGGUCUUAGUAGUAUCGAAAAAUUUUAAAUUGGCUGAAAUUCUUACCAGCUAAAAGAACCGGCAACUAUUUAAUCUUGUGGUUUUGUUAUAAAAUACAGACGAUAUAUCAGUAUUUGUGAAUAUUGCGACUUUUGCUGGAUGUUUAAAAAUUGCCUUUUAGCAUUGUGGAUCUUUUAACAUCAGUUUUUUACCGAAAAGAUCGGAAAAUGCGGGAAUUCCCCCGGCUCAUUUUGCAGCAUCAAAACGAGCAGCACGACAUGGACACUGAUUGGAUAAAGCUGCAAAGUUGAAAUAAUUACGGAAUACCAAUUCUGAAUUUUCUUACAGGACGAGCGUAGGCUUUAUUUAGUGCAGUACAAUUUUCAUUUGGAAGAUUUUGCAGUGUGCACGAACUUUUAGUAAGCGUCCUUACUUAAUUGUCUUCAUACGGUAUGCAGUUUUUUCAUACGGUAUCUUUUUUUUGUUACUUAUUGCUCACGAUAUGGUGGUGUUUGCCACUGUUUGGGUAUCGUUUGCUGUUGUCGUUUACAUUCAUUACAAGUACUGGUGGUAUGGGCGGUUUUCUGAGAAUCAAAUGCUUACUGUUAAUGA